AAGCUUAUUUACUUUUUUAUAUCAGGCGCUACGAUCUGACACUUGGAGAACGUGGUUUUUACUUACCAGCAACUUCUUAUCCCCGUUCAUUCCUUGGUCAGCGGGGGCCUAAUAGUAAGCAGGCUGGAUUUAUGGGACCACGGCUUCCUCCUCACAUGAUUAAGAAUUCAAGUCGUUUAAAUGGAAAUGGACCCCUAGAAGAGGAUACAAAUCCUGUUGGUAUCACCAUAAAAAGGCCAUCUUCAGCUCCACCAACAGCUUGCAUUCAAAACUGGGCAAUUACCAGGCCUUCAGCUACGGAUCCAUCUAAAGCCCAGAAGAUCACUAUCAGUAUUCGUAACAAAUUGCCUGAGUGUCAGACUGUGUCACAACCUGACUGUCUUACCAGUGCUCUGGAGAAUGAGGAUCUCAGCAAGGCUGUUCCUUCCUCCACAAUUACAAAUUCUCUCAGAGCAGAGUCUACCUCAAAUGCAUCUACAGUGGCAGUUGCUGCUAACAUUUCCAAACAGGAAGUUCCUGAUGAAAUGUUUGUAGAGCCAGCAGUGAAUGGAAGUCCUACACUCGGGUCUGAUGCUACAGUCGCUUCCGGUCCAGAGUCUUCAGGAAAAUCUGAGGCGUCGAAUGGCGUGUUUAAAAUGAAUUACAACAUAUCUUCCAAUGGAAUUGUAAUAUUGAAGGUAGUCGGCACGUUGCAGAAUUCCCGUUCUUUCUGUGAGAGUGCUGAAGAAGAGAGAUCCCAUCAUGUGCUGCCAAAAAAUGAUUCACUAAAUGGUGCUAUUAGUUUAGAUAAUGGAUCUAAACAAAACGGACUGAAACUUGAUGAUUUUACUUGCCAAGUCCAACCUGCUAAACCUUCUGAGAUAUUCUUUGCUAAAACAAAUGGAUUGCUUGAACCAAUACCUGUAGCUGAGUCACCGAUUCCUCAAGAAAUAGUCUUAGAAUCCCUGGCCUACAGCCACCUGAACAGGUUGUCAGAGAAAACAAGUGUCCCUGCACCUCAGAAGUCUGAGGGUGAUCAUCUUACGGAAACCGUAGUGACGGAAACAGUGUUUGUCUAUGAACAAUCCAGGAUGCCUCUUUCCGACCUUGGCUGUGAGAUUGAGAGUCCUUUUACUGUAUCAGACUCUGAAACCACUGAAACCAUUGCUACCGAAGACGUUGCUGAAAGUGUGAUAACAAAUGCUGAUAACGUACAUCCCAGUAUCAACGGUCAGCACAAGGUCAGGAAAAUAUCCUUGGAUACUGAAGAUGAAUACCUUGGGCAUUGUGAGUCUGAAGAAAGUAGAGACAAAGACAAACCAGGAAGACCAAAAGAACCUGUACUCAUUGCAAAAGGAGAUCCUUCGUAUAUGAAAGGGUCUCCCGAGAGUGAAGAGAAAUUAUGGCAAACUUCCUCUGUGAAGUCUGACAUUGAAUGUAGUCCUAAAAAACUUGCAUGUCUAGGUGUUACAGAUAAAUGCCAAGAUACAAAGGACAUUUCUAAUAACUAUGUAGAGGUACCACCUGUUAAUGACUCUUCUAUUACAAAGCUGGAUAAAGUUCUGGAGAGUCAAUUCCCCAGACAAAAUGAGGGGCUGAAUAAUAAAAAAUGCGAAGAGGAUAACAGGCAAAAAUACGAGGAGAAGGUACAGGACUCCAAAAAAACUGACAAAGGGCACUACCGAAAGAAGAGACAAUACUCUGACAGUAAAGACCAGAAGCAAAGCAGGAGCAAAGCGGAUGAUCGUUCCUACAAAAGGAGGCGCUCUUGCAGCAUGGAAACAAAUAAGCAAUAUCAUCAUAAG